GAACGGAUUCUCCCUCAGAGCCUCCGAAAAGGAACCAAUUCCGCAGACACCUUGAUUUCAGACUUCUAGACUCCAGAACUGUGAGAAUAAGUUUCUCUUGUUUUCAGCUACCUAGUUUGUGGCAAUUUGUUACAACAGCCCUGGGAAACUGCUACAAUAGGUGAGUCGGAAUAAAGGGAAGGGGAUGAGAAACACCUCCAAGAAAGUCUUUCAAAACUGAAUGCCUGGGCUGCGCUGGCCUGGCCUGGCUGAGGGGAGGUGGCGGGAGGGCGCUAUGGUGGAGGCUGGGCCACAGGCGCCGCCGCCCCCGGGCACCCCAAGCCGGCACGAGAAGAGUUUGGAACUUCUCACUACCAAGUUCGUGUCGCUUCUGCAGGAGGCACAGGAUGGUGUGCUUGACCUCAAGCUGGCAGCUGACACCCUAGCUGUUCGCUGGAAGUGGCGGACUUAUGACAUUACUAAUGUGCUAGAAGGUAUCAGGCUGAUGGAGAAAAAAUCCAAGAAUAGCAUCCAGUAGAAGGGCGUGGGGCCUGGCUGCAAUACCCGAGAGAUUGCGGACAAGUUGAUUGAGCUCAAGGCAGAGAUGGAGGAGCUGCAGCAGCGAGAGCAAGAACUAGACCAGCACAAGGUGUGGGUGCAGCAGAGCAUCCGGAACAUCACAGAGGAUGUACAGAACAGCUGCUUGGCCUACGUGACUCAUGAGGACAUCUGCAGAUGCUUUGCUGGAGAUGCCAUCCAGGCCCCGUCGGGCACCAGCCUGGAAGUGCCCAUCCCAGAGGACCUCAAUGGGCAGAAGAAGUACCAGAUUCACCUGAAGAGUGUAAGUGGCCCCAUCGAGGUGCUGCUGGUGAACAAAGAGGCAUGGAGCUCACCACCUGUGGCGGUGCCUCUGCCGCCAGCCGAAGAUCUGCUCCAGAGCCCACCUGCUGUCUCUCCCCCUCUGCCUCUGCCCAAGCCUGCUCUGGCCCAGCCCCAGGAUGCCUCAUGCCCAAGCAGUCCCCAGGUGACCACCCCGAACCCUAUUCCCAGCAGCACCGAAGCCCAGGGGGUGGCCAGUCCAGCAGCUGAGAUCACAGUGAGUGGUGGCCCUGGAACUGAUAGCAAGGACAGUGGUGAGCUCAGCUCCCUCCCGCUGGGCCUGACAGCACGGGACACCCGGCCACUGCAGUCCUCUGCCCUGUUGGACAGCAGUAGCAGCAAUAGCAGUUCUUCCGGACCCAACCCUUCUACCUCCUUUGAGCCCAUCAAGGCAGACCCCACAGGUGGUCUGGAGCUCCCCAAAGAGCUGUCAGAAAUCUUUGAUCCCACUCGAGAGUGCAGGAGCUCAGAGCUCCUGGAGGAGCUGAUGUCCUCAGAAGUGUUUGCACCCCUCCUCCGCCUUUCUCCAUCCCCUGGAGACCACGAUUACAUCUACAACCUGGAUGAGAGUGAAGGUGUCUGUGACCUCUUUGAUGUGCCUGUCCCCAACCUCUGACUGACAGGGGCAUGCCCUUUGUGGCUGGGACACAGACUGUCUAAACUGGGGGCUGCCUGGGGACCUCACCCCACCCCACCCAUACACAGCUUGAGAGCUGCAGACUCCUGGCUUCCCCAGCCUUCCCUCACUGCACAGUUCUGGCCACAAGUCCCACUCCUGCACCAACACCUGUUCUGUGCUGGGAGAGCAGGGGAAAGGGGCUUAGCCCACUCCACUGUGGAGCCAAAGUGUUUGCCACUCCUUUUUGGGGGACUUCCCCUAUCUGGUAGCCUCCCCCCGCCCUCCCAGAGUUCAGUUUCAGCUGCCACACAAUUUUAUAGUGUCCAGUCUUACAUUUAGGUCUCUAAUCCAUUUUGAGAUCUGCCGCAGAGAUCCAAGGACCCUCCAUCACCCUCCUAGGGCAGCUCGUCCAGCCCCAUCACCCAGUACCUGCCAGCCCCUCCCCCUCCAGGAGGAAGCAUGGUGUGGGGCUGGGCACUUGCCAGCACCUAGCCUUGCCUCCUUCAGUUCUCCCCAUGUGGAUCACACACCUUCUCUGUACCGCUCAUGUGCCCCUUUCUGCUGGACCCUUGGCCCUGAGAACCUGCUGGGGGCAGGGGGAGGAGCAGGUUGCUAACAGGAGGAAUGGAGAUCUCUAGCUAGGAAUCUGGGUGGGAGAGUCCCUGAGGAUUGGCCCAGCCUCUGUCUGACCCGCAGCUCCCCUCUUGUUUCUUGGGUUUUUUUUUUUUUUUGAAUUUUAUUUGAUUUAUUUUUUUAAACAGCAGGUUCUUAUUAGUUAUCCAUUUUAGACAUAUUAGUGUAUAUAUGUCAAUCCCAAUCUCCCAGUUCAUCACACCACCACCAUCCCCCUCUGCCGCUUUCCCCACUUGGUGUCCACACAUUUGUUUUCUACAUCUGUGUCUCAAUUUCUACCCUGCAAACUGGU